CCAUGCACCGGAGCCAUGAGGGAGGGCAGCAGCCCCCGGGCCCGGGCCGCCGUGCCCCGGCCGGCGCCGAGGUGGGCAAGGCGGUUUAUAUAGGGUGCCCCGCUCUCGCCCGGCGCAUGGAGCCGCAGCCUCCUUCUCCCGCUCUCUCCCGCAAGGUGAUGCCGCCGGAGCCGCUGCCCAAGGGGAGUGCGCGCUGCCUCGACCCGCACACCCGCACCAUGUCGCAGCCCGACGGGGACCCGCUGCCCGGCACCUUGGAGAAAGAGGACGCCCGUUCGGCACCCAGCACACCCUCCACACCGUCUGUCUGCUCCCCGCCAUCCUCCUCCUCCUCUACGCCGUCGGCCGGCAAGAACGUCUGCUCCAGCUGCGGGCUGGAGAUCCUGGACCGGUACCUGCUGAAGGUGAACAACCUCAUCUGGCACGUCCGGUGCCUGGAGUGCUCGGUGUGCCGCACCUCGCUGCGGCAGCAGCACAGUUGCUACAUCAAGAACAAGGAGAUCUUCUGCAAGAUGGACUACUUCAGCCGGUUCGGUACCAAGUGUGCCCGCUGUGGCAGGCAGAUCUACGCCAGCGACUGGGUGCGGCGAGCGCGGGGCAACGCCUACCACCUCGCCUGCUUCGCCUGCUUCUCCUGCAAGAGGCAGCUCUCCACUGGUGAGGAGUUCGGCUUGGUGGAGGAGAAAGUGCUGUGCCGGAUCCACUAUGACACCAUGAUAGAGAACCUCAAGAGAGCAGCAGAAAACGGCAACGGGAUCACGCUGGAGGGGGCUGUGCCCUCGGAGCAGGACAGCCAACCAAAGCCGGCCAAGAGGGCCCGCACCUCCUUCACCGCUGAGCAGCUGCAGGUCAUGCAGGCACAGUUUGCUCAGGACAACAACCCCGAUGCACAAACGCUCCAGAAGCUGGCAGACAUGACGGGGCUCAGUCGGAGAGUCAUUCAGGUUUGGUUUCAAAACUGCAGAGCCCGCCAUAAAAAACACACCCCCCAGCACACGGUGCCCCCCUCGGGAGCCCCCCCGCCCCGCAUCCCUUCCUCGCUCUCCGAUGACAUUCACUACUCCCCCUUCAGCAGCCCCGAGCGGGCCCGGAUGGUGACACUGCACGGAUACAUUGAAAGUCAGGUACAGUGUGGACAAGUGCACUGUAGACUCCCCUACACUGCUCCACCAGUGCACCUCAAAGCAGACAUGGAAGGACCACUAUCUAAUAGGGGUGAGAAGGUCAUCCUCUUUCAGUACUGACUGCACAGACCCUUCCCCAUCUGCCCAUGGGGCUACCAGCACCGCUGCCCCUCAGCCGCUGAAUCCCAGCAUCCAGCCCGAGGCAACUGGUGUCCAUCACACAGGAGAAACUCAGCUUCAGCAUCCUCCGUUCUUGCCACUGUGCAGCACCUGACAUCCAGCAUCCUUCCUCCAGCAACACUCUGUGUGUGUGUGUGUUGAGUGCAGAGUUACAUUUUUCACUUGUUUCUUGUGGACUUGUAGAACGACCAUGAGUCUCUCCAAGGCAAUGCCAGUUCCAAGCUAGUGACUCCACUGUGCUUGCAAACCUUGCUCCCAGUCCCAUGGGAAUACGAACAAACCAGGACACGCUGAGCCUCGGGGGGGGUCAGUGAUCACCUCUGAACAUAAAGGCAGGAGGAAUUUAUGUGGUUUGGCCUGAUUCUUUUUUUGCACCAGUGAAGCGCUGUCGGUUCCUGGACAUCCCUCAUUAUUUCCAUUUUCAUGUGUGAAAUCUGAAAUGGGCUUUUUUGGCUCAGGGAUUCAGUAGCUACACAGACCUUCCUGAGCCAAACCCGUGGGUAGCUGAGACUCCACUAAGUGGAAAACAUGAUGCCAGCUGCACAUAGGCAGUUUUUCUUCCUCCUCAAAGUGCUUUAGAAUCACAUGUCCUUUGAUCACUCUAAGGUAAGUAAAUCUUAGUGGGUUUUUUCCCCCUGCUUUAUAGGAGGGGAAACUGAAACGUCCUAAACUGAGCGGAACCGUGGGGUUUGGUGGCAGAGCCAGGAUUAGCACUCUGAAGCUUUUGGUCGCUGACUUGUUCUUAGAGCACUGAAUCUCUCUCUCCUCUCACAGCCAUCUGCCAAAUCUUUUAUUUUCAUUUUUAUUUUUUACUCUUGUUCUUUAUUAACAAGCUACUUUAUUUCCUUGGACUCAUAUUGGAUCACAAAUGGGUGAUUUCAGAACGUGUCUACACUGAACUCUCAGACACUCCAUACCCUGGGACCGGAAAAUCCUCAAGGCAAGAUGGCCAGGAAUGUGUAGAAAUGUUCUGCCCUGGUGUGGACCCAAGUUCAGUCAGUGGAAACAGUGGGGUGGAAACUGGAGACCAAGGCAAAUCCAGUGGUAAGGCCAGCAGGAAUGGGUGCUAGCCAAGUGGACAGCAACGUGAUGGCCAAGUCUUUGGUCUGGCAGCCCCUCCACAGCCCCCUCUGCCCCCCUAAUGUUCUCCCUGGCUGUUACUCUUGCCAAAUCCUGGGAGGAAGGCAGAGCCCAGGACUGGGGCAGGAACCUAAGGGCUGGUUGCAACAGCGAGGGAAGUGCUCAGCAGUCUGGCCCCACACCCGGAAAAUAACUCUGAAAUGAUCCUUCACUGAUGGUAAUAACAAAAAGUAAACAAGUAACCUUUGCCAGCCCUUCUCAGUUUGCACCGAGCCAAGAGCAGGUCUGUCGUGAAGCCUCUCUCCAUGCAAGCACACGGGUCUGUCUUGCUGCUAAGUCUGGGAGGCCACAUCUCCAAGAAUGUGAAACCCUAGGAUGAGCCAGAGUCAGCGUGUAACGUGACCCCAGGAGCACAGACAGGAACCCACCCCUUCCAGAACUGCUUUUUAAAACACGUUAUUUUUCUCUCUGGGAGCUCCUGGAUCAAUCUCCAAUGCUGACACGGGUUUGGCCAGCCCGUGUUGCACACAUGGUAAGCCUUGUCCUGCCAGUGUCACCGAGCUCUGUGUGACAGCCACGGCCAGCAGUGGCUCCGGCCACGUGGGGAGGGCACUGGGCAGGGUGGGUGCCUGUGGGGUGGCCACGGGGGUCUCUUGGGUUGGGAAGUAACUGAGUACAAGCAUGCAGUGGUGUUUGUUGGAACAAAUAUGUUUAUAUAUACAUACACAUACUCUGUGUGUGUGUGUGUGUAUAUAUAUUAAAAUAUGUAUAUAUAUAUAGGGAGAGUGAUGGUAAUGCCUUGGACAGUUAGGUCAGUGUUCUGUGUAAUUGCAGCCAGCAGCUUCAUCCCCAUUUUAAAACAGCAUUUGAGAGAGGAAAUUAAGUCUGCAAAGUGUUGUUGUCAUCUGCUGACGUGUGAAUAACCAUUUCCAGUGACACAGCACUGCUACAUGCCUGACCAGACUAGAGCCACCGUGGCAGAAGUGUCCCCCCCAGGGAGGGGAUAGUCCCCAGCCCCCACGUUACAGUCACUUUUCUCCUUACCCAUAGCAGUGACAGGAUGGGUGGUCCUGGUGGUGACCAUUGGAGUUUGAACCAAAUGGGUUGCUGUGUCCACACACAACAGCCUUGAGAUGCUGUGGUUGUUGUCAGGGUCUCUGGGCCUGACUUUCUUCUCCAUUUGUGCUUGCACAUCCCAGUGACCUUUUAUGUGUGGAAUUAGUGCCACGAAGGCACAGGUAGCUGUUCUGUGUAGGACUGAAGGUGAGACUCCAGGCUGUGACUUGACCUGACAUCCCAGUACUUGAGAUUUCCACAACAGUUUUGUUGAGGGAGAAAAGGGUUUGGUGCAUUUCUCUUCUCUCUCUCGGUGGUGCAAUGAAAAGGAAACUAUGAAAUAUGUACCUGUGAGGUAUCAACUUAGUUACUGAUAAAAAAA